GCUGAUAGGACUACGGGCAACAGCUACCCGGGAACGAGAUGUGAUCAUGGCUCAGCUACAAGAUCUUCCCGCAUGGGUACAGUUCCCGGAUACUGAACGUGUGGAGUGGUUAAAUAAGGUGAUUCACCAAUUAUGGCCAUAUAUUGGAGAGUAUGCCAGAGUCUUUCUAACCGACUUCAUCAUACCUCAAGUAAAGGAGUUGAGUUCAAAUUUCUAAAU